ACCGUAUCUGUUUCUUCUUCUCCUUUUGCUCUCACCAUUGUUGCAGCAUUUAAACUCUGUCUACAUUUUCCUUUUUUUUUUGUCAGUGCGAGUUCUUCAAAGCAUUUAUUACCAAGCACCGGGAAACCAAGGGGGAAUAGAAUUGUGUGUUGGGUAUUGGGUUUUGUUGUUUAAGGUCUUAUUCCACUUCAUUGGGGAUUUGGGGUGUUACAUUUGUUACUUGUUUUGAUUUGUUAGCCAUCAAUAUAUGGAAUGUUGGGUAACUGAGAGAAGGACACACAACUUGAAAGAGAAAAGGAAUUUGAAGGCAUUUAUUUCAACUACUUAUUACUACUAAGCGUUAUGGAGAAGCUCGAAGGACCAAUUAAUCCUUAUUUCCUAGGAGAUCAUUUGGAGGUGGAAUGCUUCAAACAAAGCUUUGCGAACUCAGAAAGAUUAAGUCUUGGUGAAGAAGAAGAAGCACAGUUUUCAACACCAUGCUUAGAAGAGAGAAUGCCAUUUCUUCAAAUGCUUCAGAGUGUAGAAUCACCUCAGCAUUUUGCCUUUAGAGAACCAAAUUUCCAGACUCUUUUGAGGCUGCAACACUUGAAGAAGCCUUGGGAGUUGAACAACAAUCCUUUCGUUCCGGAAAUGGAAACCCAAAUUCAAGCCCCGGAACUAGAAAGCUGCGUCACUCAUGAAAUACUAGUCGACUUGCUUUCACCGAUCAAAUCCGAGACCAAAGACGUUAAGACAAGCCCCCCUUCGAGUUCAUGUUUCGAGGUUCUCAGCUCCGGGUCAAACCAAGACCAACCAAACUCAGCAACAGCAGACAACUGUGGUAGACAAGGCAACAACUUGGGGCUGUCCUCGCCUUUGAAAAACUUCACAAAAUCACCUCCUGUCACUAGAGAACGACGGAAGCGAAAACGAACCAAGGAAGCCAAGAACAAAGAAGAAGUCGAGAGCCAACGCAUGACCCACAUUGCCGUCGAACGAAACCGUAGACGUCAAAUGAGCGAUUAUCUAAAUUCCCUCCGCUCUCUGAUGCCUCCAUAUUAUAUCCAAAGAGGUGACCAAGCCUCAAUUAUAGGGGGUGCAAUUGACUUCGUUAAGGAGCUAGAGCAACUUCUUCAAUCCCUGGAAGCACAGAAGAGAAUGAGAGGAUUUGAAGAAAGCAACAAUAUCAAUGAUAAUUUCAUGUCAAAGUUUGCCAUGGAAUCUGAAGAUGGAAACCGUGGAGAUGAAAUAAAAGCAGAAAACAAAUCAGGAGCAGCUGAAGUUGAGGUUAAUGUAAUACACAAUCAUGUCAACUUAAAGAUUCAGUGUCCAAGAAGAGCUGGUCAGUUGGUGCAAGCCAUUGUCACCCUUGAAAGUCUUAGAUUAACAGUUUUGCAUCUCAACAUUACCACUUCGCAAGCAUCUGUUCUUUAUUCGUUCAAUCUCAAGAUGGAGGACGACUCUGAGCUAAGAUCAGCAGAUGAGAUAGCAGCAGCAGUUCAUCAAAUAUUCAGCUAAUUCAAAGCUAAAAUGUUAGGGAUAUUCUCAUUACUCAUUAGGCAGCUGACUUUGAUUCCUCAAGUGAAGAACCAGACCAGGAAAAAAUAGAAGGUAAAAAAUGAAAAAGAGGGGGGUCCAUUGUAAGCAAAUGCUUUGUUCCACAAAGACAACUCAAGACAGAGCCCUUGAUGUUUACUUCUUAACUUGAGAAACUUCCCUUGUUUAUUCAUUAAUGAUCCUAUUUGCUCGCUCUUAUUAGAAAUAAUAAGUAAAUCUAUGUAAUUUCCAAGUAUCUUCUUCCUUAUUCUAGUACUAGCUUUCUGUGACCGUGGGGACCAAACGAGAGCCACCAUGCCCUGCCCCUGGGGGCCUUGGUGAGGCAUUGUAUGGGGGUUUGAUCAAGUAUGAAAAUUUGUUGUAUAAAUCUGAAUCUCAUGAUUACAUUUUAGCCAAUGAUGCUUCCCUUUUUAUAUUGACUUUGGGGUGUCCGUAUGAUGUUUCAUCAUUAUAUUAACGUCCUCUCCGCCUACUUUUUUUUUCUCUU